CCAAUAUUUCUUGUGCUGUGGCCCAUUUGAGUUUUGGAUUUAUUUAUUUUUUUUCAAAUUCUUAACUUAUUAAGAGAAACUGAUGGACGGAGUGGAUUCCACGUGGACAUCAUGUUGCGCUGAUUUCACAUAGACAUCAUGUUGGGCCCGACAGAGCUUGUGUUACCCGUGAUCGAGUAACAUGGUUUAAACGCUAACUCGCGGCCUUCUUCAACAGUCGAAACCCCGUUUCCCGCCCGAGAGAGAGAGAGAGAGAGAGAGAGAGAGAGAGAGAGAGAUGAUGUCUUCGGAUAAUCCCGGCGACGACGUCGAUCGGCUCUUCGACUGCUUCAAAUGCGGACUCUCCACUCCUGAAUCUGCAUUGAAAGAAAGAAAAACCCGACAAGGCAAACUAAGGAAAGUGAGUUUGAAACAAGCAGCAACUUCUGCGCAUGGUGAUUUUUUGUCGACAGGCUCAACACAACAAAGGAAGCACAAAUCAGCAAACAUGCAGCUCUGUAUGGAGAAGCAUGGCACAUCAGCAGUUAAGGCAAUCAAAUUUAAUAGUGGCAAGCAGAUCUCUCCAGUUGUCUUUUAUGGAUCACCACAUGGCGUGCCAGCAAAAAGACCAAUAAAAUUAUUGCGAUUAUUACGUGAAAUUCAUGUUGAUCUCACAGAAGAAAAUGAUUUGAAUCCAAGGGAUGAAGUAUGGGCCACAUUUCCCAAACAAGAGCAAGCAAUGAGAUUUGCUAAAGCACAUGUAAAAGUUUAUGUUUUCAGCUAUCAAGAUCAUUUGAAUGGACAAAGAAGGUUCCUUGUUUCAACAUAUACGGAGUUCUGGCGAAGGUACAAAAAUAUGGAUCCAAAAUUUCGCCAUCAUUAUGAAGUCAUUCAGGAGGGUUUGCCUUGCCACUUAUAUUUUGACUUGGAAUUUAGCAAGAAAGUCAACCCUGAAAAAGAUGGUGCGGAAAUGGUCGACAUCUUAAUCUUAGUAAUUUUGGAUGCCUUAUUUGACAAAUACGCUAUCAAGGGAGACCAAGAAUGGAUCAUAGAGCUAGAUUCAUCUACGGAAGAAAAAUUUUCACGCCAUUUGAUCGUCCGCAUACCAGAGAUGGCUUUCAAGGACAACUCACAUGCUGGUGCAUUUGUUGCUGAGAUAUGUUCACGCAUUAGCAUAGCAAGGGAGAGUGAUCCAAGACUUGACAAACUGUAUGCUUUAAAAGAUUCAAAGUGUCCAACACAAACAAGCCAGCUAUUUCUUGACACCGCUGUCUAUUCUCGAAAUCGCUGUUUCCGUUUAGCUCUCUCUUCAAAGGCAGGGAAGAGCUCCGUGCUUUUGCCCACUGGACGUUUCAAAUGUAAGAAUAUGAGUCAGCAACAAAUGUUUAUGGAAUCCUUAAUCUGCAGAAUGGAUGCUGACUGCAAGAAGCUCCUAAUCUGCAAAAUGGAUUUAGAUUGUAAGAAGACCUUAUGUUUUGAUUCUGAGGUGAACAGUAACUGUGAACAAAGUUCUAAAGCCUCACAAGAGAUUGCACAUCAAGCUUGCACGAGUAAUUUGCCUGGGACAUACCUCACUGGAAAAUCACCAUUUCCUGCCCUGGACUUCUUCGUGGAGUCUAUUGCUUCUAUUGGAAAUGUAUCAGGAAGAAUUCGGAGUUGGUAUUGGUUCUCAGAGCAUGGCUUGAUGGUUUACAGCAUGUCAAGGAAUAGAUACUGUGAGCGGAUUGGUAGAGAACACAAAAGCAACCAUGGAAUUUGGAUGCUUUUCUGCUUUCACUAUGAAUGGAUUUCAUCAUUCCUACAUCAGAACUUAGAUCUUUUAAUGUAUGUUGUCGAUUUCAAAAGGGCCGGAUAUUAUCAAAAGUGCUAUGAUCCUGAUUGCAGAGGUUACCGGUCCCCCUUGCGCCCAAUACCCAAUGACACCAUCCCGGAUAAUAUGGCUACCUUUAACUCGACAUGGGUGGAGAACUGUGGGGAAAUGAUGAAUAUUUACUUUGAUCUUCAACAUGGUGAAAAUGAUUUGGAGUGUACUUCCCCUGGUAAAGACGAGAGGAUAACUGAGAGCUACAAGAAGGAUCAUGGGUGGUGGCUAGAAGCCAUACGAAUUGCAGAUGACAUUGAAAAUAUGAGAAAAGCACCAAAUUCCGGUGAACUGGCAGAGGAGGUUUUUGCUGAAGAUUGUGAAUGGUGGAUAGAAGUUGAAAGGACCACCUCCCAAAUUGAACAACAGGCCAGUCUGACUGGUUAAAACUGGGUAAACCUCAAUGGUAUAAUUGCCAUAAGCAGUUGUAAUCUUUCCUAAAGGAAGGGUAGUCACUACGAAGUUGAUCCUUAAAGAUGGAAGAUGAUUAAUCGCUAUGACAGAAGUAGAUCUUGGAAGAUGCAUGAAGAUGUCGUCCUUCUGUAUUGACGAUGAUGAAGAAGAUGCCGUCCAUCGGUAUUGCUGCACUGUGAGCUUCUGUAGUCUGAGUCUUUAAACUAUGUGAAGGACCCUUUACCAAGCCUGUUCGUGCAGUUGAGCAUGUUUUGGCAUCCUCGAAAGGAUAUUGGGCACCAUGCUAUCUGCAACUCUCCAAUUUGUAAUUAGUAGGCGUUUGGAUGCACAAGUUAAUUGAAUUGUGAACAGUCAGUUUAAUCAAGAGGAAAUGACAAACAUUGAUUAUGUA